AUGCCCCUCCCCUCCCCCCACGAGACGUUCCUGCCCUCCCCACCCCCGACUUCUCCCAGGAACCUGGAGCUUCUGCUGAAGGAGAUCCGCCUACACAAGUACUACGGCCAGCUCAAGGACUUCCGCAUGGAACAGAUCAUGGGUAUGACGGACGAGGAUCUUGCGAACCUUGGCUUGACAGAAGGGGCGCGACGGAAACUCAAAAUCCACCUGGAUGCAGUCCAGAACCCUGCAUACAGGAAAGGGCCCAUGAACGGACUGCAUGUGGACAUCCCCAUCCAUCAGGCCACCGCGGUGGUGACCGGGCCCAUGCCGGUCAUGCCUCCUCCGUCCCCCAUCCAGACACCGCCCCCCAACUACCCUCCCACGGUGCAGCCCAUGCCGCAUCAGAACCUGCUGCACAUGCAGAGCCUGCCGUCCAACAGUGGGGACAGCUCCAGCUCCGAGUGCUGCAGCUCCCCCACUCCCUCCAGCCCCAGGCACGAGGACAAGGAGUCAUCAGAAAGCAGUGACGAGGAGGAGAAAGCAGACGAGUACCCUCCGAGGCAGGUAGCCAACGCCUGGAGGAACCCUCCCCACAACAGGAGAGCCAGCCUGCACCACCCCUCCCAACAGAGACCCCCUCCUCCGCCGCCGCCCCCUCCCCCCUUCUGCCAUGUGGAGACGCAGCAUCGCAGCCACUGGACACACCGGCAGCCCCACAUGGGCCGCAUGGACAAAGGCUUCCCUCCCAACCGUCCGUAUGCAAUACCCAUCGUCCCAAACGCAGUACCCCAGAUGGGACAUGGGAGCGACCAGAGCCCCGUGCCGCCCCUCCAGAGCCCGCUGGAUGGACGGAUCAUCCCCACGGUCAACGCCACGGCAGUCAUCGCCACCACACAGGUGGAGAACAGGACCCAGGGGAACAGCCUGCGGCCCAACGUCUCCUCCUUCCAGCCUCAGCUCAUGUCGCCACAGGCGGAAAACUUCCCCCACACGACGCUGACGCUGCCCAGCACCAUCACUACGGUCUCUGUAGCCACCACGGGGUUCACCAUGUUCCCCCCGCAGGGAAAGUGCGCCGUCAUUCCGCCCAGCGCUAACGAGAUCGUGACCAUCGGGAAGGGCACCGUCACCUUCGUGAGCACCACAACGUCACCGAAUCCAGAAACCCAUUUCUGCAGCACGAAGGCUUUGACGAAUCCCACGCAGACCGUUGCUCAAACUGUCCCUUCUAAGGGAGAGAGCAAAGAUGCCAGUAGCAAGACAGAGGAGAGCUCCGAGGGCAGUGCCAAAGGCACUACUACAGUGACUUAUGCCAACCCAACCUUACAAAAUGCAGUCAACAUGACCAGUGAAAGCAGUCCUUCUCCAAGCACUUCCACCACUCCCUCCAACCCCCGCCUCCACCCCCUCCCCCUCCAUCCAGCUCACACAACGGGCCCCACUCCAGAGGGUGUAGCAACUGCGGAUGUAGCGGCAACUGUGGCUCCUCCUCCGGCAGCAACUACACCUUCAACUACCCGGGGUACCUGCACCCCAACAACAUGAACUCUCCCUUCCCGUUCCACUUCGGACACUACUUCCCCAACUUGGGAGGAAACGGACUGAUCGGCAUCCCCCCGCCGAGCAACAUUCCAUCGUACGCGUCCUUUCCCCACAUCCCCCCGCUGCAGUUCCCCAACGGACUGAACCCAGCCAACAUGUACAACUUCCAGGGGAGCUACGGGCACCUGCCGCCCAACUACAUGCACCCGGGGCUGAUGCUGCAGGGUGGGCAGGGCAUGUUCCCCAUGGGGGGCAUGGGGAAGGGGAAGGGGAGUCAGACAUGUUACAACUGUGGAGCCACGGGACACACAGCACGAGAGUGUAAGGACAGCACCAUGGAACAGAUGUCUGCACAAGGAAUGUUCAGACUGAAGUACCAGCCACCAGAACCAUUAGACACCACUGACUAGCAGCCAGCAGAAUUAGCUUAACGUCUGUGUGUGUUAAAUGUGAGCCUGUUGACUUCUCAAAAACUGUUCAAAUGUGAUGUUUGUAAUAAUUUUCACUAUUUUGAGGACAAUCUUGCCUGCUUUUAUAAGGAGAACUCUACAUAAUGUAACAUUAAAUGACCAAAGGAUAUGAAGAUAUUAAGAUGUGUAAUAGUAGAAAGAAAUAUCUUUAACUGUCAAUUCUGCAAGUUUGGGGUUUUCCUGGGGGAACCCUGUUGUUGUGAUACUAUGUAUCAAAGUUUAUUUUGAGUUGCAUGGUGGAAUCUCAUCAACAUAGCAAAAAAAGGAAGCCUCACUCACACUGCAUAAAUAGUGUAUGCAAUAAAGUUUGCUCAAAUAUGUUUAGGUCAUACUCUUAGGGUCAAAACAAAACGACAAUAGUGCAAGAUCUUGGAGAGAUUAAGGUUUUAUUUUGCGGAGCCUCUGUAAAUAUUGUACACACAACAAUGAAGGAAAUAUGUUGCCGUCCCUGAAUAACUGGGGCCAUGUUGUACACAUAUCAUCUGUCUUCUCUGUUGGUGUCGGAAGUCAAGGAGUAAAACCACCAUUCAGAGCUUUUCCCCGAAAACAUUUCUGUACAAUCUGCAGUGUUAGCUGGCCAAACAUUUCACAACAGUUGCUGACGUCGUCAUGUAUACGGAAUCCCACGCGGGGACUUCAGCGGUCCCAAAAGAGCAGAGCAAACUGUUGAUUUGUGUACCCUCCGCAGUGACAGCUACAGUCUUGCAUCUGCUGCUGGUAGCCUAGAGAUGGGAAACAAGAGUCACUCAGGUCAGCCACAGUCCAGUGACACCACGGAAAAUGCUGUACUUGUCAUAAAAAGCUUGACUCGUAGUGCAAAACCUGUCGUCAUCGCAGAGCAGUGCAGAAGUACAAAGGCUUUGCGAUUUCUUCACCACAGAGAAACUUCACAGAAUGAGGAAGAUUAUUUUGCAAGUUGUUCAAUUGAUAAAAAUUACAGUAGCUAUGAAAAAGAAAAGUCGAAACAUCUGCCAUUGAGUUGCCAAUGUGUGCAUUGUGGGCCAGGAAACGGCCCGCAAUCCUUGUGUAAAAGUGACAAGCUUAGCAUCAAUAUGGUUACUAAUGCUUCCGGAUGCACUUUGUUUACCAUAGAACUGUAAAUAUAUAUACAUAUAUAUAUAUAUUGUACCUGGUAAGGGACCGAUGGAGAUAUACAAACUGUAGAGGACGUGAUAAUUUAUAAUGAAGUGCAAACGACUUUUGCUUGCUGUAUGUAUACUUUGCUUUUUUUCUCGCUUGAUGUCAACAUUGUGUGAGGGGCAACCGAAAUUUCUGCAUGUGCAAUUGUUGGCCAACAUGCUUUUUCAUCUAUCGACAGCCACAGUUUUCCAUCGGGAGACAGCAAAAUCAUUCAGGAUUGUUGGACAGACAUGUUUUGUUUUCCGUAUCGAUCUUCAGACUUGUGCUGUACCCAAUACAGAUUGGUGCUUUGACAGGAAAAAAGAUCUAUUUGGUCAGAUAUGUCCGUUACAAAGGAUGUGAUGCUUGUAUUUCUAGAGGAGAAAGUGUGGUUUUACUCCAGCAAUAUCUGGACAAGCUUGUCUGUUUUAAGUAAGUAGAAAGCAUGGAGAUUUUUUUAGAAGAGUUUGUUGCAGGGCCGUGGAAAAUAAAAACAGUAUGUUUCUGUUGUAAACAUGUAAGUUUUACGUAAUCUUCUCAUAGUGAGGGUUUUGGUCAGUUGAAAUCUUUUGUGACACAAGAUCUGGUAUAAACAUCCCCAGAGAUAGACUGUUGUGUAUGACAUGUGCGUGAACACUAAUGUUGGAUGGACUACAGCGUACAUGUACAUCUGCCUUAGUAUCCAUGAGGAACCAGGCUACACUCUGUUAGCCAGAGCUACCCACUCUUUCUCUAUUAUCACACUUUUGUAACACAGCUGUUACGGCUCCUUCAUCUACCAAGAUAUGAAAUCUUACAAGAAGCCCAUGUGUGUUGGACAGAUAAGACCAAGUCACUGCAUUGGCUCUGUCGCAGCUGCCACCGUAAAAUCAUUUGCAGUGUCUUACAAAAGUGACAGAAGUGGCUUGGUCAUCUGUUAGUAACAAGACGGAAGAACAGCAGUGUAACUCUGUGUGAUAGGAAGAGAGUGGGUUAUAUCUGAAGGUUGCAGACUAGAAGAAAGGAGAUUUUUGUGUCAAUGACAUGUAUAUAUCACCAGCCUGUCGGACUGCCCAGUGUGAUAAUGUUGCAUGGUGUACAGUAGAUAAAAAGUGGAAAGAAAAGAAGUGAUGGAAGGUAGAGAAGUCUCAAUCAUAGAGUACGGGAUAAGAGCCAUAAUGGUGUCACAAUCAGCUGUAAAGUGUACAGAGAUAGGAGUGUGUGAAAGAAAAGUGUUCUUAGAAAGAUGUGUACAUGACAGAUACUGCAGGGUGCUAUGAUUGUUGUAAUUUUGAGGAUGAGGAGGCUUUGUCUUGGCAAUAUUAAUAUGUGGUGUCAUAAUGCUCAGUUGAUGGAACAGUUACACUAACAGUACAGCAUUGCAGUUUUUCCUGUGAGAUACCAUUCUUACCAGCAUGAACCGUUCUGCAAUAGUUUGCACACCGACUCUGUUUAGGAUAGAUACAGGGACAUGGUACAUGUCAGCAUAUCGUACAAAAUCACCGUCUAUCCAAAACCUUGGAGAAUUCCUGCUAGGGAAGAUAUGCAAGAUGUUGGAAAACAGACCAGAAGGAACAUACUAACUAUGGUACAUAAUGACUUAAGUGCUGUGCACACAAUGAAGCAUUGCAGAAUUGCCUUGUUCAACACAGUCAGGUUAAAAUUGCACAGUUUCAAUCAAUGCAUUUCCUAGCAGGAAUGUCUUCCAUGGUGACUGUAUACACUCACAAGUUGUGCCAUGAAUUACUGUGACUGAGGGCAGGAGAUGCCACCCAGUUCGCAUGUGUAUGUUGCACCAAUAGGACUUUAACACUUCACACCAUUCUCACCACUGUAUACAAGUCAAGAGCAAUGAUCUACAUGUACUAAAGCCACUCAAACUAAUUUGUACAUACCGGUAGUGCAGAACUUCAAUUUGUUUUCUAGCCAUCACAGAAAAAUGGACGAAGGUGUUUGUUUUGAACAUCAUACCUCAUUUUACUUCACAAGAUUCUCAGAAAUUCUCCCAUCUUUGUCCAUGUUGCAGAUUGUCAAAUUCCACGUUAACCAUUUUGUACCUAAGACCUCCUUGCUGUUUCACAAAGUUGUCAUAACAAGAAGUAAUUCAUUCUACACCUCCUCACAUGUGUACAUGUAUGUUUGCUGUUUUGUGGUGAAAACAUGCUUGACUUUAUACAAUUGGUAUAAAACAAAGGACUACAUGUUUUAACCUCCAAUGCAUCAUUUGAUAACUUAGUUGGAUGUGCUGUAAAAUGAUUUUCAUAUCUGCUGGCUGCUGUUUUCUUAUCUAGACCCAAAUGGCCAGAAGUUGAAUGAAUAUGUAUGUAAAGCCAUGGGGGGUAUUGAUGUAAUAUGUGGUACAUUACAUGCAGGAUCUAGUGAAUGCAAUGUAAUAUCCAGCAGACUUCAGUGUAAUAAAAACUACAGAGCAGUGCAAGCCCAUACAUAGACUAACAUGUACCACAAUGUACAACUAAUGACAAUAGGCAUUGUUCUGUGCAAGACGUGUAAUCUUUACCCAUGUGAUGCCGAAAACCUGCAAUCCAAGCUUUUCAUGUAAAUAUGCCAUACCUGUUUCAUUUGUACAAAUAAUUUUUAAGUUAAAAACAAAAGUGUAUAUAUGUAGGCCACCCUGCAGAUGUUACAUUUCAUUUAUAUUAUUUUUGAUUUGAAUAUUUCCGAGAUCGCUAGGUCACAUUGUUCAACAUGAAAGUGAAAAUAUAUUUCUAGUACCGACAGAGUUAUAAUUUUAUGCUGUCCAAAAGACACGUUCCAUGAUGCAAAAAAUGAUUAAAACCUUGGAGUGUCAAUUCCUACUCUGGGAUGUCAUUUCCAUUGUA